UCCGUUUUCCUUUUCAGAAGGAGGGAACAGCAGCAGCAGCAGGAGGAGGAUGGGGCUGCCCUGGCCCUUUGCUCUGCGGAGGACCCCGGCCGCUGCCCAGGCGCCAGGGCAGGCGGGCUCCGGCUGCGGCAGGGCGCUCUUUGGACAGCCCCUGGCAGCCCUCUGCGGGGAGGACGGCUCCCUGCCCCAGCCCAUCCAGGAGAUGCUGGCUGCCCUGCACAAGGAAGGACCGUCGACGGAAGGGGUAUUCCGAAGAGCUGCCAGCGGGACACAGUUUCGUGAGCUGCGGGAGACCCUGGACCACGGUGCGCAUGUCGACCUGGGCAGCCAGCCUGCGCUGCUGCUGGCCGUCAUCUUGAAGGACUUCCUCCGAAGCAUCCCCGCCAAGCUCCUGGUGACAGACCUCUACGAGGACUGGAUGGCAGCGAUGCAGAAGAGCAGCAAGGAGGAGAAGGUUGAAGAGCUGAAAGCGGUGGCCGAGAAGUUGCCUGGAGCCAAUCUCCUCCUCCUCAAGCGGCUGCUGGCCCUCCUCCAGCACAUCGGCCACAACGCCUCCAGCAGCAGAAUGACCGCCAGCAACCUGGCCAUCUGCCUUGGGCCAAAUCUGCUGAGCCCACCUAACGAGGACCUGCUCCCCCUCGAGGCCAUGCUGGCCGUGACCGAGAAGGUGAACGUGCUGGUGGCGUUUCUCAUUGAAAACUGCGGUGACAUCUUUGUGGAGGAGAUGGCUGGCCGCUCCUGUCCAUCAGCCGGGGAGUUGCCAGCACCCAUGGACGGAGCCACAGGUGACAGAAUCUAA